CCCCAAAAUUCUUAUAUACUUAUUCUCUACUGUACAAAAAUCUGCAUUUUCAAUUAUUUUAUAUAGAGAAAAAAUCUUUGUUUGGUACUUUACCUUUCUCUUCAAUGGAAAAAAGUAGUAAGAAGAAGCAAGUGGGUUCUGCUGAUGUUUCUGCUUCCACCGGUAUUUUCUCUUCAAUUUUCCCACCACCAUCUAAGGUUAUGGGAAGGAAAGCUUCGGCAGCUGAACUCAUGCAAUCUCUGGAGAAGCAGUCAUCUGGUUGUAGGGCAUGGAACAAAUCAGCUACAGCUUACGUGACGAAAAAUAAACAAGGUGCAGGGCAUUGCAGAUCCAGUAAGGAACAUGAAUCACUUUUUCAAGAUAGAGGGGAAACAUGUCCACUAAGUUCUUCUCUCUUAUAUGGUGGUCAAGAGGACAUGUAUAUCAAGUCAUCCGAUGCUCAUAAAACUCUAUCAUAUCCUUCUUACAAGAAGGAAGGAGGAGAAUACGAUUCUAGUGGAAGCAACCAAUACAGUGCAUCUAGAGGAAAUUGGUGGCAAGGGUCACUUUAUUACUAGAAACAUGGCCUCCGAUCCCCCAAGACGUGAAUUCCCAUUUAUUUAGUAGAGGAGUUCUGGAAGUCUUGGAACCAGGUUGCUAUAGAUUUGUUGAAGACUACUAGUACGGCCAUGUGUUGACAGACUCAAUACUUUUUACUCCGGGAUCUCUUGAUGGUUAUUUGAACCUUAUAUGACAUGGACCUUUUUAAUCUUUUUAGCUUUGGGAACUACAUCUCUAUACUCCUUUUAACUCUUUCGUAUGCAACUAAACGAUGUAAAUUUCUGAAUAAGUUCUUGUCAAGA